AUGUCGCUGGUCAAGCGCACCAUCAAUGCGGUGGCCAUCAAGGGCUCCGAGCGGCGUCCGGGCGAGUCGCGCGGCAACGCCAUGCUGCGCAAUGCAGACCUCCUCCCCGUCGCGCCCGAUCGUCGCACCUGGGGCUGGAUGAACUUUGCCGCCUUUUGGAUCUCGGACGGCCUCAACCUCAACACGUUCAUGAUCGCAUCCACCGCUGUCUCCGCCGGCCUCACCUGGUCGCAGGCAUGGGCCGCCAUCAUCGUCGGCUACUUUGUCGUCGCGCUGCUCGUCGUCGCCACUGCCAGGAUCGGUGCAGUGUACCAUGUGUCGUUCCCUAUUCUUGCGCGCAGCACGUUCGGCGUGUGGGGUGCCAUCUGGCCUAUCAUCAACCGUUCGGCGAUGGCUUGCAUCUGGUACGGCGUGCAGGCGUACAUCGGCGGCCAGUGUGUGACGCUGGUGCUGCGAUCGAUGUUCCCCAGCUACGCACGCAUGCCCAACCACCUUCCCGCAAGCGCCGGCAUCACCACCAUGGACUUUGUGAGCUUCUUCCUCUUUUCGCUCAUCUCGCUGCCGCUCGUGGUGAUCCACCCGACCAAGAUCCGCUUCUUCUUCAACUUCAAGAGCGUCGUCGUGCCAAUUGCCGCCAUCGCCUUCUUUGCCUGGUCCAUCGCAGACGCCAAGGGUCUCGGACCCAUCGUGAACCAGCCGGCUACGCUCAAGGGUUCCGCUUUUGGUUGGCAGUUUGUGGCGUCGCUCAUGUCGUGCAUCAGCAACAUGGCGACGCUGGUGCUCAACAUUCCGGACAUCUCGAGGAUGGCCAAGAACAAGCGUUCGGUCACCUGGUCGCAGAUCCUCGCCAUCCCCUUGACCUUUUCGCUCACCUCGUUCCUCGGCAUCAUCAUCGCUUCGAGCUCGCACGUCAUCUACGGCGAACUCAUCUGGAACCCCGUCGAUCUGCUGGGCGAGAGGCUCAAGCUGGACCCGUACAACUCGGGCGCGCGCGCGGGCGUCUUCUUUAUCGCGUUUGCUUUCAUCAUUGGUCAGAUCGGCGUCAACAUUGCGGCCAACUCGCUCUCGGCCGGCCACGAUCUGGCAGCCGCAUGCCCUCGCUUCAUCAACAUCCGUCGCGGAAGUCUGGUGGCGGCUGCGGUUGGAUUCGCCAUGUGCCCCUGGAACCUGCUCAAGGACAGCAACAACUUUGCGACGUACCUCUCGGCCUACUCGCUCUUCCUCUCGAGCAUCAGCGGCACCAUGAUGGCCGACUACUACGUCGUGAGGCGCGGCAAGCUCGAUGUGCCCAGCCUCUUCUCGGCGAGCUCGGGCAAGACCGACGGCCAGCCACACGCCUACCACUACUGGCACGGCAUCAACUUGCGUGCGUUUGCCGCGUACGUGGCGGGCAUUGCCAUGACCGUGGCUGGGUUUGCCGGUGUGCUGGGUGCCGAGGUGUCGGUGGUGGCGCACCGCAUGUACAUCCUCGCGUACCCGAUCGGCUUCCUCGUGUCGGCGCUCGUGUACAUUGGGCUGUGCGAGGUGUUUCCCGUGGUGGGCGGCGUGUCGGUGCGCGCACACAAGGACUUCCUCGAGCCCGAGUCGUGGGAGUCGGACAUGUGGGAGGGCGCACCCAUCGAGGGUCUCGACGCCGCAGCCGACGCAAGCGCCACCACCAGCGACAUCGAAAAGGCCUCGGCCACCGACCACAAGUCGCCCACCCACCAGCAGCAGGUGCUCUCCACCGAGUACUAUCUGCAAAAGUAG